AUGAAGAAGUGGUGGCGGACUGAAGCUUUACGAGAAGCGCAGCCGUCUGUUUUGAGCCGCGCCAACGGCAGCCGCGGCGCUGGAGUAUUCGUUGCUCCGCCUCACAGCCCCGACAACAAGAUUUGUAGCAAUGCCAGCGGCGGUGGGGACUCCUCCGCGGCGGCGGAUUCUGGAGAUCUUUUCGGUGGUAUGGAGGUUGUGCGCACACGCCACAGGAGGUCUGCCGCAAGUACGGCAGGGUCACACACGCCUCGUGGUGACUCCUCCGCUUCCGUGCAGAUGAAGGACUGCGUUCAACCGCUGACACCUGCGGCGGAGCCAAGCCCUUUUUUUAUGCGCUUUGAAAUGUCUCCGGGCGCCGUGCAGGAUGAGGAGGAGGCUCCGCAAGUGACGCAAAUGCGCCAGCGGCUGGAACGCUACUUUGAGUUGUACAAUCCAUCGAAGUUGUCGCAGGUGGAGGACACCAUAAAGGCGUUUAUGGGAAGGGAGGAGGAACUGUUUGUGCAGCUGGUCUCAAACUAUGGCCCGGAGCCUAACGAAUUGAAGGCGAGUGCCCUUCCGCGUGGGGAUAAACUGCCUCCGCCAGGCGCCGCGAGCGAGACGGAGUCGGCGUUUGACUUUAUCGCCAGCGGAGCGAAGAAACACCGCUGUGACAACCGCGAGGGCGUCGCUGCGAAUACGCCACUUGCGGCCGUCGUCUCUUCGUGCAUGCGUAGGGACGCUGCGGACUUGAAUCCGCGGCAAACGCCAGUGGAAGCUGCUCAUACGCUUCUUGACGACGGGGACGGCACCAAACCUGCGUUUGACUUUCUUGCGCCAAGAGAGGCUGGAGAGCCCUCAGGCUUUGACGUUGUGCCGCUCCCCGCCGUGGCCGGUGCCAAGCUGGCGCCUGAUUCCGCUGCCGAAGAAACCGACGGCGCAGCAGUAAGAAACGCAGAAGGCAUGCAUACGGAAGCAAAAACAGAAUCAGACGCAGCACCGCAUGUAUGUCGAAGUGCCUUGGAAUCCGACGAAGACAGCAAUGACAAGGAGGAGGACACCACCGUGGAGGAGAAUGUCAAGGCCUCCUGUAGCAGGGGUCACAAAUGCAGUGGGAGCAGCAGUAGUAGCCGCGAUAAAAUUACGGGUAGUGACGCGAAGAGCGGAACUGAGGCAAUCUGGGAUAUUCAGCGGCGUGAAGUUCAGGACUCGCAAGGUGACGUUCUCCUGGCCCGAGCGAACCUCUCACUCGUUUUGGAUGAGAUCCGUGCAUCCAUUGAGCGGCGUCGUGAGUGUAUGACUGCAGUGAGCAAACUUGAGAAGCGUGUGGAGCAGUGUGCGGCGGAGGAGGCGUUUGAGGAAGCGGCUCUGCUGAGCGCCGAGCUAGAGCAGCUUGGCGCACAGCUGGCGGAGCUCGAUGGGGCGCCAGUGCGGCUGCUAGCAUCGCUUUGCGCACGGCGUGAUGCAGCGGUGGAGGUGGUGCGUUCGCUUGCGCGGCUGUUGCGGCGGCAUCGACAGGAGCUCAUUGACUCCAAGGACGGCGCGGACCGGCGUGUGAGGAAGUUUAUUCAAGAAGUGACGCGCAGUCUGGAGACGCGCAGGGAGGAGGUGGGCGCCGCCAUUGAGCAGGCGAAGCGUCUGGAGGAGAGCGCGAGGCGGGAGCAAACAGGCCUCAGGGAAAGAAGGGCGGCGUUAAGGGAAAAGAUGCUGCGGCAAAGCGAGGAGCUGCGGACACUGCAGGGGCGGGUUUCGCAAGAAAAGAUGGAGGUGGACGCUGAGAUUGCUGCGCUGGAGGCAAAACUUGCCACACUGCGUCGGACAAGCGCGGAGAAGGCGGCGGAACUGCAGGAAGUGACGUCAACUCUGCUGCGAGUGGAGGCCGAGCAGGAGUCGAUGGAGCGCGACAUUGACAACUUUCUCAACGAGGAGGAGGAUCGCGUACGCGUGGCUGCCGCCAACCUGGAGCAGCUUCAGCAGGAGAGCGACGUGCUGCGGGCGGAGGCGGAGGCGUUUGACGCCAAGCGAGACUCGUUGUUAUCGGAGCUGCAGGAUUGUGUGACGCGAAUCGACGUCUAUGAGCAGCGCCAGACGCUGCUCGAGAGAGAGACCCUUUCGGAUUUGCAGAAGUACACCAACGCCGUGGUGGAGCUCCUGCGGAUGCGGAAUGCCGGCCGCGGCGUCCUGUUCACCGCGCCCUCGUUGACAUCGUGUGGCGCGGCGGCGGCGGGGAACACGCACGAGGCGGCGGAGGCGGAGGAGGAAGAAGAGGAGACGCCUCUCUCGCAUGUGAACCGACUGCGGAGGCAGCUGUCCACGCUCAACGCGGAAGACGAGACAAGCGAGGCGCUGGUCGCGUCGCUUGGGGUGCAGCUGGCGGAGACGCGAAACAACAUCCCGCUUCUAGAGGCGGCGAAGAAGGCGGCGGCGGCGGCACUGCGCUUCAAGGAGGCCCAGCUCAAGGCGGACGAGAUACGCCGUCAAACGGCGUCGAUGGCUGGACUCACCGCCGCUAUCGAUGCCGCUCAGGAGCGAAUUCGGGCAAACGCUCUAGAACGUUCCUCGCUGCAGCAGCAGCUAACCCAGGAGCGUGCCAAGGCGGCGGCGCGGGCGCGAGGGUUUCUUGCGCGAUACCGUGACGCACUUGAGGCGGCGGCGAUGGUCACAUCCGCAACUGCCACGCCGAACCUCUUGCAGCUUGCGGCCGAGGAUGCGGGCCACGAUGAACUGGCGGAGGCCAUGCAACGACUGAUGACCACGCUGCAGCAGGAGUGCUCGGAGGCGGCGUUGCCGGACCGAGCAGAGGAGGGUAACGACGGUGUGAUUGGCUCGCCGGAGGCAGUGCCCAAAGAGACGACAGCGAGCAUGAUGAAUGAAAAGUUGGGCGAGCAGGGAGCUUAA